ACUGGCGCAUGCGCAGUGCAGUGGUCCGUGCUGGCCGCGGGACAGCGGAUCACUGGGGUAAAGGUGAGGAGCGGGGGGCGACGACACCACCGGAGUCAGCACCUCGCGAAGAAGGGAGAACAAAUGGCGAAUAUUUUGUCCGAGUCUCUGCCGGAGCAAACCUUCCAGUACCAGAGCAGCCUGCCUCCCCUGCCUGUACCGUCGCUCCAGAGCAGCCUUUCCAAGUACCUGGAUUCAGUUCAACCAUUUGCAUCUGAGAAAGAGUUUGAGGCGACUGUGGACAUUGUGAGGAAAUUCCAAGAGGGUCUUGGCAAAGAGCUGCACCAGAAACUACUGCAUAGAGCCAAGACAAAGAAGAACUGGUUGGAAGAAUGGUGGCUAGACACAGCGUAUCUGGAGGUCCGCAUCCCCUCUCAGCUAAAUGUGAACUUCGGUGGUCCGGCUCCCUACCUUGAGCACUGCUGGCCUCCCGCAGAGGGAGUUUAUCUGCAGAGGGCCAGUAUAAGCAUAUGGCAUACACUACAGUACUGGAACCUUAUGCGCACAGAGAAGCUGGCUCCUCAGAAAGUUGGAAAAACAGCAUUAGACAUGGACCAAUUCCGAAUGCUGUUCUGCACCUGCAAAGUACCUGGAGUGAAGAAGGACACCAUUUUUAACUACUUCAAGACAGAACGUGAGGGUCCGUGUCCCUCCCACUUAGUUGCGAUGUGUCGUGGACGGAUCUUCACAUUUGACGCGCUAUGUGACGGACAAAUCCUCACUCCUCCAGAAAUUCUCAGGCAGCUGAGCUAUGUGAAGGAGCGCUGUGAGGGAGAGCCGGAGGGACACGGACUGUCUGCUCUCACCACAGAGGAGAGGACCCGCUGGGCCAAGGCCAGGGAGCAUCUAAUAAGCAUCGAUCCUCACAACAAAACCAUCCUGGAAACCAUCCAGAGCAGCCUGUUCGUCAUAGCACUGGAUGAAACCAAACCCUACUCCACUCCAGAGAACUACACAAACGUGACCCGAGAAGCAGUUAAAGGCAACGCCACCAUCCGCUGGGGAGACAAAUCGUACAAUUCGAUCGUGUUCUCAGACGGCACAUUUGGAUCCACCUGUGACCAUGCACCAUAUGAUGCCAUGGUUCUGGUGUCUAUGUGUUGGUAUUUGGACCAGCAAAUCAAAGCUUCAGAAGGCAAAUGGAAGGGCUCUGACACGGUCAGACCCAUGGCCGUUCCUGAGGAGCUGGUGUUCACGGUGGACGACAAAGUGCUGAUUGACAUCAGCCACGCCAAACAGCAAUACCUGGAGUCGGCGGCGGACCUGCAGGUGGUGUGUUACGCCUUCACUGCGUUUGGAAAAGCCGUCAUCAAACAGAAAAAGCUGCAUCCUGACACCUUUGUCCAACUGGCAAUGCAGUGGGCCUACUACAGGAUGCACAAAAGGCCAGGUAGUUGCUAUGAGACUGCAAUGACUCGCAAGUUCUACCACGGCAGGACGGACACGAUGCGACCCUGCACUCGGGAGGCUGUGAGCUGGUGUCAAACAAUGAUGGACCCCACAUGUGAUGUUAAUGCCAGGAGGAAAGCCAUGCUGCUGGCCUUCAGUCGACACAACGAGCUAAUGGACGAAGCCCAGGAGGGAAAAGGUUUUGACAGGCAUCUCCUCGGCCUGUAUCUUAUUGCCAAAGAAGAGGGACGCCCCACUCCAGAACUCUUCAUGGAUCCCCUCUACUCAAGGAGUGGUGGUGGUGGGAACUUUGUGCUGUCGUCCAGCCUGGUGGGCUACACCACAGUUCUGGGGGCUGUGGCUCCCAUGGUGCACCAGGGCUAUGGCUUCUUCUACCGCAUCAGAGAUGACAGGAUUGUGAUCUCCAUCUCGGCGUGGAAAUCCUGCCAUGAAACAGAUGCGCAGUCCCUUUUCAACAUCUUCUGUAGCUCCCUGCACGAGAUGCUUCACCUGGCCACCACAUCUCAGCUAUAAAAGGAUGGUGGAGCUGAACAUAAGCUAAUUUACAUGUUUGCCUUUUACCCCUGUGUCUCUGUUUGAGCAUUAAUGCACUUACAGUUCACAAACCCUCAGCUAAUAAUCAAUAACAAGCGAUAGUCAUGUUUAUUGUCAGCACAGAUCAAUGCAAAGGCACAGAAUCACAGAAUCAGUACCUCUAGGUGAUAUUAGUUCAAUCUAUAUUUUUUCCUGAUUGUCAGUACAGUAUAGAAUGUUUAAAUGUAAAUGUUGACUCUGUUAAUCCAUUUUUAAGCUGAGCUGAUGAUGUUUGCCCCAGGUGGGUAACGAUUUCACAGAAGCCGAGGAUGUUCGAAGGUGGAGACUCGUGGAAAAUAACUGCUGGCUGCUCUGACUCUUGGCCUUAGACUCUACUGUGAUAUAAUAAGGGCAUUGCAAUCAAAUCCACAAAAAUAAAUUUGAUAGAAAAUAAAUCAAGUAAUAAAGUGGACUCGCCUUGUUUUAGUUUCUAGAUUAGUCUUCCAAUGAAAAUCCACAGAAAUCUGCAACAAGAGCACUCUGUUCUCUUAAGAGUGUUAUAAGUUGGACAAUAAUCUCUUUUGUUAAGAAAUCAGAAAAUAUCCUAAGUCUGAAACGUGUACUUAAAUGGUCAAAAUUGUACUAAACAAAAAGAAGAAAUCAAAGUUAUUUUUUUAAUUCGUGUUUUCCAGGAGGCAAACGUUUGAAGAUUUCAAAACGAGAAUUUGAUUGGUGCAAUAACUGUGUGGGCAGUGACUUAAAUCAUACAUAUACAUCACUUAAGGUCCAUUUGCCACAUAAUAUGUUCACAGUAUUUCAAAUCUGUCAUUUUUUAUUAAAAAAACCCAAAACAGUUUCA